AUGUGGAUCCUUUCAUGCGACGGCGACUUAACGUUUCGCGCACUAGGCAAAAGGCUAUGGCUCAAGCCCGGAACAAGACACCUCUUCGGCCGCACGAAACCUCCCUCUGGCUCGGACAGCCCUGGCGAGAAGAACCACGUCAUUAGCCACAAAUCCGUUUCCCGCCAGCAUCUUACUAUCAUCGUUGACGCUGUCAAGCCCGGAGACGGCUCUAACCUGAGCGCCAAAGCGAUUCUCACUCUAACCGAUGACUCCAAGUUCGGCACCACCAUCGACGGCGAGAAAUUCGUAAAGGAGUCGAGGCAGUUGACAGGAACGGACCAUGCUAUACAACUGGGUAGCUACGACCAGAAGUUCCGGAUAACAUGGCAACCCGUUGUCAUAACUUUUGCAUCCACGAGUCGCGACCUGACCAACGCACUACCAUCCAUCAAGUCUCGACUCGAGGAGAUUGAUGUCAAGACGUCAAUCGACUAUGUCGUCGGCCAUACAACCCACGUCAUCGCGGACAAGCGCAACACAGCCAAAGGCCUCCAGGCGCUCGUAAACGCAAAGCGCAUCGUCACAGCCUCUUUCAUCGACGCCAUCUUCUCCGCAGCGUCAAGCACACCCAACCAGGAUGAUCCAGACAACCCGCUGCCGUCGCGGCUAGAGACGGACUUUGACAAGGGCUGGCCGAGGGAGAUGGAGUAUCUGCCUGCUGUAGGGAAGGAGCCGGUGCCGAGGCCUGGGGACAUCUUCACGCCGAACCCUGGAAGGCAGAGCGUUUUCGAGGGAUACACAUUUGUUUUCUGCGACCAAACGCAGUUUGAGAACCUGCAGCCUCCGAUCACCAACGGUGGCGGGAAAGCGUUAUACUAUGAGCUCGUGGAAGGCCAAACGACCGCUGAAGACCUGAUGCACUUCAUCAGGAAGAUUUCAAAGCAGAAAAUGCCUGAAGACCGCGAGGGCGGCGAUGCGAGAAUCAUCCUCGUUCGCUACAAUGGGUCGAAAGGCUUCGAGGACUGGGCUGACAACUUCAAGAGGGAGACUCAACUGCUCAUGGGAUGGAGAAGCGUGCAGCAGAAUGAGUUUCUCGAUGCUAUACUCAUGAACGAUGCCAGCGUACUUCGCCGAGAGCUGGAAGAUGAGGAUAGGCCUGAAGCUGGCGCAAAUUCGUCGAGCAUGGCCGCGCCUCCCCUCCCGUCCAGUGACACCGUUCAGGGGGACCACGCGGCACCCAGCCGCACCGCCAAUGCGGCCACAGCAACUUCAUCCUCUACAGUACCCCUAUCCUCCUCAGCACCCACAUCCAGCAAAACAUCACGACGAGCGAGAAGAGCGAUCACGACAUCCCGCUUCAAAGGCUUCGACGACAUUGAGCCCUCCUCCCUCCCCAAGGCCACCCAAUCCUCCUAUGCCGCCGGCGCCGCCGACGAUGACGACGACGACGAAGUCAUGGCCGAGUCUUCGCACCGACCCGCCUCCCCAUCCCAGCGCCCCUCCAUCAUCGACCCUUCCCAGUCCCAGCAUCCCUCGCCCACCCAAUCCCGCAAACGCCGCCACGCCGAUGUCCUCCCCGAGGAGCCCGACGAGGACGAGCCUGAGAACCCCGAAGACGUACUCAACGCACUUGUGCCCGCCGCCACCGCUGCCGCAGCCGCAAAGCGCCGCCGCCUCGCGGCCAUCUCCUCCCGCCCCAUCGACGAACUUGUCGCAGAAGACGCCCGCAACCGCAAAGCGGAAGCAGACGCCAUGGCCAUGGCGCGCAAGUCACGUAAGCAGGACAAGGAUAUCGAUGUUGUGGGGCUUGCACGCGAGCGGCGCGCGCAGGAAGAGGAGAGGAGGGUGGAGGAGGAGGAACGGCUUAGGGAGAGCCUUGAGGGGCUCGAUAUUGCGCACCUCAUGGACUUGGUGCAGGUCGAGGAGAUGGAGGUGCGUGCGUUACGGCGGUCUGCGAGGGGUGGUGCUGAGGGAGGAAGAGGCGGGGGCGGGGAGUGGGACGAGCGGUGGAAUGGGAGGAAGAACUUCAAGAAAUUUAGGCGGAAGGGCGCGGUUGGAGAGGGGCAGACGGAGAGGCCAAGGAAGGUUAUCGUGCCGCUUGAGGAGGUCAGGAAGAAGGAUUUUGGCAUUGGCGAGGCGUAUUGGCUCAAGGAUAGUGCAGAGGGGACGCAGCGGAGGGAGAGCGGCACCCAAAGCCAGAGCCAAAGUCAGGCGGGCGCGCGGGGUCGGCGAGGCAAAGAAGCGGAGAAGGACGCCGAGGACGAGGGCGAUGCGCUGAGUUUCAGGCGGAGGAGGAAGCCAAGGACGGUCGUAGAGGAGGAGGAAGAGGGCGAGGAUGUCGUGCCGGAGGAGAUCAUCGAGCCCCCCAGAAACACGAGGCUCGCGGAUAAGGCACGCGAGGCCAGGGGUAAAGAGGCCGAGCCAUCCACCCAGACGCUCAGAUCGGGAGGGGAGAAGAAGGCGAGAGGGAAGAGGGCUGCGCCUGCUGAGACGGCUGCGGAGGCGCCGCCUGCUAAGAAGGCUAAGGGGAGGCCGGAUCUGAGUACGCAGGAGGAGAGCGAGGGUAGUGGAGACGAGCUGAGGUUUAAGUUCCGGAGACGGCGGUAA